AUGGUUGAGAUUUUAGCAUACAGAAGUUUGGUGAAGCUGUUGGUUUUAUGCCAUUUUAUUUCUUUGGUUGCUAUCUCGACGGUUGAAGCUAGAAUUCGGCAUUACAGAUGGGAGGUGAAGUAUGAGUACAAAUCUCCAGAUUGCUUUAAGAAGCUGGCCAUAACCAUUAAUGGAGAAACCCCAGGACCAAAAAUAUUGGCACAGCAGGGUGACACAAUUGUAGUUGAGCUUAAGAAUAGCUUGUUAACUGAGAAUGUAGCAAUCCACUGGCAUGGAAUUCGACAGAUUGGAACACCUUGGAGUGAUGGAACAGAAGGUGUGACUCAAUGUCCAAUUUUUCCAGGAGACACCUUCAUAUACAAGUUUGUUGUGGAUAGGGCAGGGUCAUAUCUAUACCAUGCACAUUAUGGAAUUCAAAGAGAAGCUGGGUUAUAUGGAUCCAUUACUGUCUCUGUUCCUAAUGGAGAAUCUGAGCCCUUUGCCUAUGAUUAUGACAGAAGCAUUAUCCUUAAUGACUGGUUCCACAAAAGCACUUAUGAGCAAGCUGCUGGCUUGUCUUCCAUACCUUUUGUUUGGGUUGGGGAGCCUCAGUCACUUCUGAUUAAUGGAAGAGGGAGGUUCAACUGCUCUCUACUAGCAACUCCUAGCCUAGAAGCCGGAGUCUGUAACGCGACAAACCCAGAAUGUUCUCCCUAUGUUUUGACAGUCAUCCCUGGCAAAACGUAUCGAUUAAGGAUUGGUAGCUUGACCUCUCUAUCAGCUCUCAGCUUCCAAAUUGAGGGUCACAAUAUGACUGUUGUUGAAGCUGAUGGGCAUUAUGUGGAGCCAUUUCAGACUAAAAACCUAUAUAUUUACUCUGGUGAGACAUAUUCUGUCCUAAUAGCAGCAAACCAAGACCCAUCAAGAAACUACUGGGUGACUACAAAUGUAGUUAGCAGAAAACCUGCAACCCCAACUGGCUUAGCAAUCCUCAAUUAUUAUCCAAAAUACUUCAAGAAAUCCCCUCCAACUCUGCCAACCACAGACCCUCUAUGGAAUGACACUGCACCAAGAUUGGCACAGAGCCUUGCUGUCAAAGCCCACAAAAGUUUCAUUCACUCCCCCCCUCUCACUUCAGACAAAGUCAUUGUGCUUCUCAACACACAAAAUAAGAUAGAUGGGUACUAUAGAUGGUCCUUAAACAAUGUAUCUUUCUCUCUCCCCCACACACCUUACUUGAUAGCUCUAAAGGAAAACUUAAACUUAAACCAUGUGUUUGAUCAAACCCCACCUCCAGAAAACUAUGACUUCAAGAAUUAUGAUAUAUAUGCCGUUGCUGAGAAUGUAAAUGCCACUUCCAGCAAUGGCAUAUACAGGUUGAAGUUCAAUACCACAGUGGAUAUUAUACUGCAGAAUGCAAACACCAUGACUGUGAACAACAGUGAGACACAUCCAUGGCAUCUCCAUGGACAUGAUUUUUGGGUGCUGGGCUAUGGAACAGGCAAGUUUGACAUGAUGAAGGAUGUGGGAAAAUACAAUCUUGUAAAUCCAAUCAUGAAGAACACUGUGCCAGUACAUCCUUAUGGCUGGACUGCUUUGAGAUUUAGAGCUGAUAAUCCAGGUGUUUGGGCUUUUCAUUGCCAUUUAGAAUCCCAUUUCUAUAUGGGAAUGGGAGUGGUUUUUGAAGCAGGGGUGGAGAAAGUGGGAAAGCUGCCUUCUUCUGUUAUGGGUUGUGGAGAAACAAAAGGUUUCCAUAGGCCAUAG